UGAUGUAGAUAAGGAGAUCGUUAUGAGAUGGAAGUCUGUAGUGUAAGAUUGUUUGAUCUGGGUGUGAAUAUACUUUUUGUUACAAGUUGGAUUAUCGACAACCAUACCAAUAUCGAAUUAUAGAUUCAUAAACAAUAGUCAAGUAUGAAGAAAAAUGGAUAGGUCGCGGAAAACAACGAUACGGAUUACGGUGGUCGGAGAUGGUGCUACAGGAAAGACCAGUAUGUUGAUUGCUUACAAAGACAAAAAAUUCGACGACAGAUAUCAACCCACUGUGUUCGAUGUAUACUCAAUGACGAUUGAAAUAAACUCUGUGGCAUACAAAGUUAUUCUUUCCGACACAGCUGGCCAGGAAGAGUUUGAUAAACUCAGACGACUAGCCUACAAAGACGUGGAUUGCUUCAUUCUCACGUAUGCAGUCAAUGAACGAAGCUCUUUCGAGAAUGUCUUCCAUAAAUGGGCACCAGAGCUAAGGAGGUUUUCGCCAAAAGCUAAACUUAUAUUAGCUGGAACCAAAACGGAUCUGAGAGAAAACAAGAGAUCACAUAUAGCAGCUGAAGAAGGAGAAAUGCUUGCCAGAGAUAUAAAUGCUAACGGUUUCAUUGAAAACUCUUCAAAAACGAUGAGUUUCAUUGAUGCCACCUUUCAGAUGGCAAUAUCCGCCGCCUUGUUCGAUAAAAAUUUCUUAAAAGUGAAAAAGACCUCAGUGUGUACCUGUCUAUAGAUAUUCUGUUGACUCUGGAACUUUCAGCAACACUGUGAUAAAUCUAUCUGACGACGAAAUAUUACUAUAUAUUUUUUCUUUUCGUGAAAUGAGUGUUAAUCCAGAGUUAUUUUGCAAACUGUGAAUAAAUAACGUUGUUUUUCCGGAAUUGAAUCGGAACAUGGUUUCGUGUCACUUGUUACAAAAAAUGGGGAUACCAGAUAUCUUCCUAAUACAUUUUUCAUGUCUUC